AUGUCGAACGAAUUUGACGAUACAAAUGUUGAAGAAGUUGCUGAUGGAAUUAGAGGAGAAAAGGCAAAAACAAGAAAAGGAAAUUUAAUUUUAAAAAAAAGAGAAGGAGAAUAUCAAGAAAGUUCAAAAAACUGUUUAUUUAUAUGUAGUAAUAAAAGAACAGAAGAAUUAAAAAAUUUAAUGCAUGAUAUAUAUAUAAUUCAAAAACCAUAUACAUGUUAUAUGCCUAAAUUACAUCCACAAUUAGUAAAUAUAACUGAAAAAAUUGAUAAGAUUGUUGAAAUAUGUAUACAUAAUACAUGUUCAUUCUUCUUUUCAAUAUUUUCAACAAAAAAAAAUCCAUCUAGAUUUAUAUUAGGACGUUUAUAUAAUAAUAAAAUUUUAGAUUAUUAUACAUUUUCACUUCUUUCUUUUAUACCAAUGAGUAUAUUCCCAUCCUCUAAAGAAGUUUUAUUUAGUACUAAGCCGAUUGUAUUAAUACAAGGCUCAUAUUUUAAUAUAAAUGAAAAUACUAAAUAUUUAAAAAAUAUUCUGUUUGAUUUUUUUAAACAUAAAAAUGUAGAAUCUUUUACAAAAAAUAGUUUGCAACGCCUAGUUGUUAUAACUGCUUAUGAAGAUGCAAGAGAAGGCUCGUCUCAGAAACUCGUCAGUGCACCUGCCCAAGCCGAAGAAAAUGAACAGAGUGGUGAAAAUGUAGGAAGUGAGCAGAAUGGCAAAAAUGUAGAAAGUGAGCAAAGUGGGCAGAAUGGAAUGCCAAAAAAACGGCGUAACAAGUAUGUCAUGUCCUUUAGACAAUACAUUUUUAAAAAAGGAAUUUAUCAGAGCGAAGAAGAAAAUGAUAGUCCGAAAUUGGAAGAAGUAGGACCCCGAUUUGAAUUUACCCUUGAAUCUUCACAAAUACCAAACUAUAAUUUAUUCCAAGAAGCAAUAAAAAAAAUUGAUAUACAUCCAAAGAGAAAAGAGAAAAAAAUUAAAACUAAUGAACUGGGUCAUGAUAUUAAAAGAGUUUAUGUCCAAAAACAAGACUUUAACAAAUUACAUACAAAACAUUCAAAUUUAUUUAAAAAAUCAAAAAAGUUUGGAAAAAAAAAUAAAACAACUGUUCAGUAA